AUGAUUAAAUUUAGCUCGAAAAUAAUAAUAUGUCAAACCGAAAGAUGCUUAGAACGACGAAAUAUAGCAUCACAAGUAUAUGCUAAUAUUAUUUUAUCAAUACAUGGUUGUGAUACUCCACGACCAGUUAAUAUGUGUACAGAUUGUUAUAAAAAUUCUUCCAAAGAAAUUCAAAAAUAUUGUCUGUUGGAUAUUAAUGUUGGAAGAAAACUAUUAAGUCGAUAUGAAAUAUAUUUCACUUUGGCUCUUAUUGAACCAACCUCACAUGAACCACCGGAAACAAUGACUAAUCAUACAACACAAGUUAUUGAAUGUCUUAAUAAAUUAUAUGAUUUCAUACCUGAUGGAAUAAUUACAUAUGAAAUUUGGGACAAUAUAAUGUCUUAUUCAAUGGAAUCAAUUCGAUUAGAAGUACCAGAAAAUGAUUAA